AUGCCACCUGUUCAACAAUAUCAAUACGUUGGUCAUCAACCAUCAAAUUGGGAUAAAUUUAAAAUGGGAGCAAUAAUGGGAUCAACUGUAGGAGUAUGUGUUGGAGUAUUAUUUGGAGGUUUUUCAAUUUUACAAAAUGGUGCAGGACCAAAUGGUGUUAUGAGAACUUUAGGUCAAUAUAUUAUGGGAUCUGUUGGAACUUUUGGAUUAUUUAUGUCUAUCGGUUCAGUUAUUAGAUCAGAUUCUGAAUUUCAAAAUUUACAAAGAUCAAUGAUGGCAUCACAAAGGGCGAAAUUAACUGCAAUUUACAGAGAUUCAUAA